UCCUUCAUUCCGCGAUCGAGUGUGUUCGAGCGACAGCGGCCGGAGCUCCCCAUACAAAGCGCCAGUUGUUUCGCCCCUCCGCCUCUGGAGAUGCAACGACAGCGGAUCACACUAUUCUCCGCCGAGGACGCCGACGCCAUGGCGCUCCGUGAGCGCUCCAGCAUAAGGCUGGGCUCUAGUCGAGGGCCCGGGCGCUUCGAUAAGCGCGCGCAGUCGUACAGCUUGCGCCCCAGUAUGACAGUAUACGGACAAGAAAAUGAGGAUUACUUUGACGGUUCGGCCAGCUACUCGUCCGUGACAGAGCGCAGUGGCACCGGCAGCUUCGCUCCCAACCGCACGCGACUUAGCGUGUCGCCCGACCUCAGCAGCGCCUUCGAGGAUAUCUUCGAGACGGACUGGGAAGGCUACAUCUGGAAGCAGGGCCACGUUGUACGCUCGUGGCGCUACCGCUACGCUGUGCUCUCGGGUACGACCUUCAGCUACUACGUAAGCAAGGACGUAGCCAAGAUGGACACGGAGAAGUUCCGCGGCCGCGUCACCGUUACGGGCGCCUCUCGAGACCCCAACCGUUCUAACGGCGUUUUGAUCACGACGACUAUUAACAAGAUCUUUGCCAUGUAUACGCGCUCAAGCAUCGAGUGCGAGAUCUGGGUCAAGAUGCUGCAACAGGCCGUGCAGAACGCCAGCAACCAGAAACCCGGUCAGAGCUUCAGUGGCGCGUCAAAUGGACGCGACUCGGACCUCCAGAGUGGACGUGCCAGUCAAUGGAACCCCGCUGCCAGUGGGAACCUGCCCUUCUCGGCGAGUAGUAUACUGUCACAGACUGUCCGGUCGUCGGGAGACUGGAAGGCACGCAACUUGGCAACUGUCAAACAGUUCUACUCCAUGUGGACGACCCAAUUCCUAGAGCAGACGGGAGUCGACGACUCAGCGGCAAACCUCAUUUCACUCUUCCCCAUCUGCUCGCCCGAGAUGAUCGUGUCGGUCAGCUAUCCGUGCGAAUUCCUACCUUCCACCAAGUUUUACGGCCGAGAAGGUCUGGUCGACGUGGUGUUGGGCUUCUCACGCUUUGUGUUAUUCAAGAGAUUCGCAGUGUCCCGCUACAUGACGACCAAGCAGCCCAACGUGCUGCAGGUGCUGGCUGCUGGAACCAUCUGGAACAAGUUCCUCAAGCGCGAGUUCACGUUCACUACACGCGACGAGAUUCAACUGAGCCCCGGCGGUCGCGUACUCAGCCUGCAGAUGCAGAUCGAAGUCGAUAUCGCCGCGUUUCAGAUGUCGGACGCCGAACGGAAGGCGGCCAAGGCGGAGCGUGCGUUCCAGGCCUCAACGUCGAAGCGUGUGCUCUCUCUAUCGAUCCAACACUUUCACGUGAACCGUGUCCUGGGUAAGGGUACCUUCGGCACGGUGGUGCUGGCUGAACGCAAAAACACAGGCGAGAUCUUCGCAGUUAAGAUUCUGGAGAAGAGCUCCAUGUCCAACUACGACAAGCUACGCACUAAGACCGAGAUGCGGAUCCUGCGUGACGUGCAUCACCCGUUCAUCGCGCCGCUACGCUUCUCGUUCCAGAGCCAGUCUCGUGUGUUCCUGGGCAUGGACUACUACCCUGGUGGCAGUCUGUACACGCACAUGAACCGUUUCUCCAACAACAAGGAGCAUCGUGUAAAGAUCCCGCUCGACCUGGACCGCGUGAAGUUCUAUGCUGCUCAGAUCGUGUUGGCGUUGUCCCACCUACACGCCUGCGAUAUUGUGUACCGUGAUCUGAAGCCUGAUAACAUCAUGCUCGACGUUGACGGCAACGUUGCGCUCGUCGAUUUCGGUCUCUCGAAGACCAACGUGAACCAGAUGUCAGGGGCUCGCACCAUGGCUGGCUCUCCGGCGUACACAGCCCCUGAAUUACUGAAGCCGAAGCGCUCUCGUGACUACGGCAAGGCGGUGGACUGGUGGUGUCUGGGUAUCCUGCUGUACGAGAUGUUGCUUGCAAAGCGCCCGUUCCAUCACCUGAACGUGUCGGUGCUGUACAAGCUCAUCGAGAAGGAGCCUGUCAAGUUCCCGUCCAAGUGUGGCAUCCACCCGGACGCUCGUAGCCUGAUUCUGGGCUUGCUGGAGAAGGACCCGAACAAGCGUCUCGGUGCUCGCCAGACCAGCGACAUCCUGACGCACCCGUUCUUCAAUGAGGUUCGAUGGAACUUGGUUCUCCGCAAAAAGAUCACCCCUCCAUGGGUACCGGCGCCCAUGUCCAUGGAAGAGGAGCGUACGAAGAGCCCCGACAUCAACUUUGACAAGUAUCUGGCCUCCAAGACUGCCUCCACGGGUAACUUCUUCAGCAUCAUCUUCCCGUGGAAGCACCCCCACACUCGCCACCGCCGAGCAAGAUCGGAAAUGGAUUACGACUCGUUUGGCAAAUUCAGCUACGUGAGCGACACGUCCAACUCGUUCCUUGUGGACGAAGACGAGAUGCUUGACGCCGCUUUCACGGGCCGGCGCAGCAUCCAAGUGCAUACCUUGGCAGGUGAAGCCUGAACCCACUGAACAAAAGAACUGCGCCGUAGUUGUACCAGCAGAUGCACGUAGAACACUACUAAAGGUAAAUUAUUUUUUGACUACGCGUUUACCUGUUUUCAAGCAAUCAAAGAGGUCCUCACUUGCGAAGCUUCUGGUCUUUCAAGCAAACCAUGGCUGCAUUACGCCCACAGGCUCCCAUCACGCCGCCUCCAGGAUGCGUGCCGGCGGAGCAGAAGUACAGACCUUCGAUUGGAGACCGGUAGCUCGAAUAGCCAGGCAUUGGUCUCAUCCAGAAGAGCUAGUGGAGACAAACCACAUCGACAUUAGGUUUGAUACCCUGGAACUCAAACAACAUCAAGUGUUUGUACCUGAUCCAAGCCCAUGGCACCGUGAAAAAUAUUCCCUCUCGGAAGCGAGAACACUUGCUCAAGAUCAGGCGGCUACACGACGUCGAAAAUGAGUACUACGUAGCAAUUGAGGUUUAGGCUGCAGACACGCACCGUGAGUAUCUCAUAGUCGAUGAUUGAUUUCGUGAAACCCGGUGCGUACUCGUCGAUUACCGAGAAAACUUGGUUCGCGAAUCGUUCCUUUUUCCCCGGUUCACUCCACGUUCCAUCCUGCGAUGGCGAAAGAACGCACGAAUGUUAAUAUGGAUGGAUACCUGUCGCUACCAGAGUGCGUAACGAGUGCUGGUUACCUUUGGUUCGUAUGGCGUGUACUGCACGAACAAAAGAGCGAUGUGUUUUCCUGGGGGAGAAUAUCAGUAGUCGGCGCUAAUUUACUGAGAUUUCAAGAAAGUGGACGUUGCAGUCUUACCUGGAGGGGCAAUAGUUGGGUCCAGCGACGUCGGGAUGUUCAUCUCGAUUACAGGCCGUUUCGAGCAAAUUCCAUGCUGGGCGUCCAAGAAAGCGUCCUCAAUCUACAAUUCCCACGGGUAAUGCAGUGUUCAUCUUAAUUUAUCACGGCGUAACAUCAUACCUGGUCCAGCGAGUCCUCGAAAUGAAUAGUGCCAUAAUGGUUUGGCAUCGGCACAUUUCCAUCUCCCGCGUUGGGGAAACACGAAAAGUUUGGUAGUUUGUCGAGCGCUACAUUGAUCUGGAAAAACAACACCAUGUUGUAGCAAGGCAAUUACAGUGGGAAUAGUGGUGGUUAGACAUACCUUCGUUGAAGCCGACUCGCUGUUCCAGUUUCGCCUAAAAUGCUUGACUACCUCCUCUGGUAAAUCGUUCUGAUCAAGCAAGUCAAGCACGGUGGUAACUGGGCUCGCAUUCGAUAGAAUACAGUCUGAUUCGAUCACGUCCCCGCUUUGUAGACAAACUCCACGCGCUUUCCCAUCAUGCACACUAAUGGAUUUGACAGGACUGCUAACGUGGAUUUCGGCGCCGGCCUCAGUUGCAGCUUUUUCGAUAGCUUUGGAAACUCCACCCAUUCCACCUUUUACAUGUCCCCAAGCACCCUUGAUACCGUUCACUUCACCCAUGACGUGGUGGAAGAGAAUAUAGGCGGAUCCAGGAGUCGAAGGAGAAACCUUCAGAACGGAAGCAAUAGUUACAAGUUCAAAACACAGACAAGGGAACGCCACCCACCUUCGCGCCUAUAAUGGCAUCAGUAGCGAGCGUGGCUUUCAACACAUCCGACUCGAACCAUUUGUCGAGGAUCUUAGUCGCGGGGGCCGUCAUAAAUUCCGCAAAGGUAGUCAACUCGCUUCCAAGUUUGCCGCAGCGAUAGCCUAAGUGCGCCAUAGCUUUUGCUGCUUCUACACGCCGGCUAAUUCAGUGAAUAACACACUGUAAGAUCAUCUUCAUGACAAGUAUUGUCAUCAAAAGUAUGAUUAAGAACCUGAGAGAAGACUUGGAGUCAAAAGCAGUGUGGAGAUCUGGAGGAGGCUAACCACACAGUAGUUAAAAACGUGAGUACUAUUUCAAAGGCUCUUUGAAAAAAAAGAUAAUACCUCAUCAAGCAUUGGCAAGAAGAAAUCCACCAUGUCCUACACACCAGUCAACACGUAGUGUAAGCGAAUCUUCUUAGUGAGCAUCAGCUGCAACUUCAACAUUACCUCCAACAUCUUACUGUACACCGGGUAUGCUUUCGCGUCUGCAGUUGAAAAUUGAGCUACAUCGACCAACACGCCCAUACCAGAACGUCAGCUUAACUAGAGGAAUUACAGUAAUGCAAUGGAAUAUCUCACCAAUACUUGCUUGAGUUUGCUGCAUAUCACUACCGAGGAUGAGGCUGCGGCCGCCACGAGUCGGUGUGAAUGAUGACGGAUCUCGAACGAAAACUAUAGCCACGUAAUUUCGUAAGCAAUUCAUCAGACUCGUAUUUGUGC